GUGAACCACGACGAAUCACGGUGACACGCGUGAUUCUACGACGGAAAAUUUCAUUGCAAAACCGUUCUUUCCAUAAUUAAUAAUAAGAAAUAAAAGCGAAUAUUUUUCUAUCGAUCGAUAUCGGUGUACGCGAAGAUACGGAUGUUUCUUUGCAACUGAACGAUCGUCGGCGUGUCGGCGGAACUCGAAAUUAAAAGCAGCGUAGUUCGACGAUGGCAAAAUUCCUAGCAACCGUGAAAGCGAUUAUCACGCGCCUCGUUUUUGCUUCGCACGGUUUCAUCGCCAUUUGGCAAGUGACCACUUUCAAGAAGAAUCCUCUCUUUUGGUAUCUCAGUUGUCCAAUCUUGUUGCUGUUCCUCGAAGGCAUCUUCACGCUUACUAUAAAAGAAAAUCAAGAAUGGAAGUGGUUUUGUCCUUCCGUGUUUUUGUACCUCAGCAGCGUGGUGCCCGCUAUAUGGCUUCUAGAGCUGGACAAAGUGGACAGAAGACUGAAAGCUUUCGAGUCCAACGUGAACAUAUCGGAGAAUCUGGACCUCGCCAACCUGGCUGCGAAGGAUCUGAAGCACUUGGAGGAAGCGUUGGGCGUAAACAUCCACCUGCCGGAUAUUCAAAUAUCCACGGAAACAUGGGUCACUUUGAUAGAGCAAUUCUUGAUGUUGGUCUUGAUCAUCGGAAGAUGGAUGCUGCCGAAGGGUGACCUGACGCGCGACCAACUCAGUCAGUUGCUGUUAGUUUACAUAGGUACGGCUGCCGACAUCAUCGAGUUUUUCGACUCUUUCAAAGAGGACAGAAUAGCGCGCGAACCUGUACUGGUGUACCUGACGCUGGGCAUCUGGGCAUGGUCCUUGAUGCAGUUCACCGUUGUCCUGACCGCCACCAAGUCCAGAAAGUCCCGGCUGUCCUCGGGCAACGCUGUCAAGAAGAGAGUGCACAGCGAGACCAGUUGUUGCAGCAUCGACGUCUGGGGAAUCGCUUUGAACAUGAUUCUUCAGGAUGGCCCUUUCCUCGCGUUCCGGCUGAUCCUGAUCAUUCAUUACCGCAUCGUCAGCUACAUGAACAUCUUCUUCACUUGCAAAAAUACUUUGGUUAUACUCUUGCAGCUUUACAGGCUGUACGUAGUGCAAACAGAAAACAAGAGUAAGCGGAGAAAGAGACCGGCCACCGCGAAUAUCAGUAUCAUAUCGAGGGGAGACGUCUGCAAUGGUCGGAGGACCGAGCAGAGCAAGAAAAGGAGAAGGGAGAAGGACGUGGAGGCCAAUUACUCGGACAGCGAACGGACCACCACCGAGGAAACGGACAAAUUCGAUUCCUCUCCCAGAUGCACCGAACAUUCCAAACGGAGAACCAGGCAAGACACCGGAUACUCGACGUCCAGUUCGCGCAAUUCCGCGAGGCGCACCAGGUCCCGAAAGAACGAACGGAAAAGACGGCCUUCCCGCAGAGAGGAACCCAAGUACGAAGUUUCCUCCGACGACGAGAGACGCAGGAGGAGAAACGACAGGAAAUCCUCCGAGAAAGGCGACAGAAAGUAUUCCGCAGACACCGCCAAGACGAGGCCCAAGAACGAGGACUCUAGCAAAAGUUCCGGUAAAAGCAGGAAAUGCAACGAAGAUACCGAAGACCGGUCCACGGCCGAGGAGAUAGUCGAGAAGACUGUCACCGAGGAGAGCCAGUCGGAAUCGGAGAAAAAAAGGUACGUUCAUCGAAAGCGAAGACAGAACAGAGACUGA